AGAUAGAUUCGUGUUCGGCCCCCUUCAUCACAUGCCGCUGUGAUGGCCUCGGUAUCAGCCCGGUGAUUGGCCCACCCAUUCUGGCGCCCACAUCUUCCUCCAUGCAGUAUCACCUCCAGUUACAACUUACUCUACGAGCAUGUCCGACUCCUCGUGCACCUUCGAGCUCGCUUCCUGCUUCCGUUGCACUGUGCAUGGUACCAGUCAUUGUCUACCAUGCAACACCAUACUAGAAGAGCAAGGUGCAUAACGAAUCCGAAGCGAACAAUACGAGGUGCUGCGUCCCGCAAUGAUCGACCAACCUCAUUCAUGACAGGCAGUACCUCGCUAGAAGCCUCACUUCUCCCACAAUCCAGCAACCUGGUGGCUCGCAGAUAGCAUAAUUCAAUUUCCAUAUACCCAAGAACCUUUUGCUUUUUGCCCAACAAGAGUGUGCAUCAAUCCCCUACCAGAAAUGAAGUACUUCCGUGCCCGAGCAGCUAGCUGUCUCGCACACCUUCUCGCUGCAGCCGCCGCCGCAGCUCCAGUCACAGCAGAGGACGCCAUUGUCAUCCCACAGGGCACAGGACCCUACCGAUCCAGCCUGAUGAUAUCGGCUCUCGUGGACGACUCUCGGCCAGACCCAUUCAACGCCUCCCAUGUACGGCGGAUUAUGGUAUCACGGUUCGAGCCGGUGAGCAGGGAUUGCCACCUCGUCCAGGUACCCUACUUCCCACCCGUCACGGCCGCCCUGGAGAGCGAGAUCCUGGGGUCUUACGAAUACCCCAAGGGUAACUUGGAUAGAUUCGUGCUGGAGAUGUGCGAGGCAGAUAAGCAGGGAUACCCAAAGGAGGGCAAAUACGGCAGCGGCAGCGGCGGCGCAGGUGGGGGAAAGGGCAAAUUCCCGCUCGCAAUUUACAGCCCAGGCUUGAACACGACACGUCUCUUUGGAUCUCUGAUAGCGCAGGAGCUGGCAUCACAUGGUCUCACCGUCAUCACUGUUGAUCAUCCGUAUGACGUUGACAUUGUGGAGUUCCCCAACGGGGAUAUCAUCUUCGGCGGGCGUGUCGAGAAGCCGACUGCAAACUCGAGUGCGUCCGUUGAGCACGCGUUGGAGGUGAGAUCUCAGGACGUUUCGUUCCUUUUGGAUACACUGGGUAUCGAACAGGGCGAUGACGUUGUCAUGUUUGGACAGAGCUUUGGCGGCGCGGCAACGGCCACAAGUAUGUUUAAUGAUCGGCGCAUACGCGCGGGUGUCAAUAUCGACGGUAUCAUGUUCGGCCCCGUGCUCCAUGCUCCAUUAGGAUCAGCGUCACGGAAUCAGUCGUUCGUCUUGUGGGGUAGUGAGCUCCACCUGACUGAUGAAGAUGAAACUUGGAACACGUUUUGGAAUGCUCUGGAGAGCUCAGAGUACGUAGAUUAUAAGAAGGAGUUCGCGGUUAAGAACACCACGCAUGGGAGCUAUUGGGACUUGGAUGCGCUGGUGGAUGUUGCUGGCAUCAGAGACGAGUUGACUGAGUUAGCUACUUAUCUUGUUGGACCUGGACCAGGCCUUAGACACUCUGAGAUCGUGGGUAAAUACCUAUCAAGCUUCUUUCUCUUCGCGCUGGGAAAGCAACCAGAGGACCCGAUUCUUCAAGAACCAUCUGAAGAGUUCCCAGAGGUAGUCCUGAUGCGUAGUUAGAGACCAUCGACAGAUAAUUACCUAUGCCUUACUGUGCCCUGACACCUGAGUAAACUGUCAUUUCUAAGCGUUUGGCCGUUUUCACAGAUGACAUGAAGCCAUAUAGCACGCCUGAAACAAGCGCUCGUCUGCAUUCGGAUCAUUCUCAUACGACCAAAUGUGUACCAAUAAUUCCAGCUGGGGUCUUUC